GAGAUUAUCUGAAUCUGGAAGGCUGCAAGCAAAGCCAUACGGUUAAAAUGCAUCAAGAGUGCGAUAAAGUUAGUUGGAUGCAAGCCAUUGACGCUUUUAUGGCGUAAAGCGCAACCUAGGUAGGUUGAGGAGGAAGUUUGUAUGAAUAUAAAAGAUUGUAGGCGCUCCUUGUACUUUGGCAACAGAGCUGUCCAGUCCCAUCCGCACACCCGCACACUCGUCCCUCUCCAGUGAAUCACCAACAAUCACGCCAGUAUCCCUGAGUGCUUGCUCCCCCCCCCUUGCCGCAAGCAAACAUGACGCGGAGCAUCUGGGGCCCACCGCCACCAUCGUCAUUGUCAUCAUCCGUGACGUCCAGCCCGGCCCGGGCCAGCGCGGGAUCCGAUGCGCUGCUCAUGAUCGACGCGGACAAGGGCGAGGCGGCAUCGGCGGCCAUCGAGGAUCUUCGGGCCCGCCUGGCCGCGGCCGAGGAGCGGCUGAGCGCGCUGGAGAAGUCGACGACGACGGCGACGGCGAUGACGACGACGGCAACGACGACCAAGGACGAACGUGACGUGGACAGGCCGAGGACCCGGUGGGAGGAGAUGCAGGAACUGAUUAGGCUCGGAUUUGAAAAGUCCAGGCUGGCGCGUUAUCGGAAUCGCAAAGUCGGCACCGCAACCGGGCGGCUCUUGCCGAUCUACUCGAAUGCAACGGGCAAAGAGAUCGAGCUCUGCCCUAAAAGCUUCGAGGAGCUGAGGAAUAUGGGCAGUAUGUGAUUCAGCCCCCUCCCCUUCCUCUUCUCUCGUUUCCCGU